AUGGAUAUUAAUGAAUUGAUAAUAGGGGCUCAAUCAGCUGAUAAACGCACUAGAGAGGUAGCAGAGACACAAUUGUUACAGUGGUGUGACUCAGAUGCAUCUCAAGUCUUCAGAGCAUUGGCAAACGUGGCCCUGCAGCACGAAUCUCCUCUAGAAUCGAGACAGUUUGCAUUACUAUCGUUAAGAAAACUGAUCACUAUGUAUUGGAGUCCUGGAUUUGAAUCUUAUCGUUCUACGUCGAAUAUCGAAGUUAAUGUUAAAGAUUUUAUCCGAGAAGUGCUGUUGAAAUUAUGCCUGAAUGACAAUGAAAAUACUAAAAUAAAAAGUGGUGCUUCAUAUUGUAUUGUCCAGAUAUCCGCAGUUGAUUUUCCAGAUCAAUGGCCGCAGCUUUUAACAAUCAUUUAUGGUGCUAUCUCUCAUCAACACUCAUUAAACGCGAUGUCUUUAUUGAAUGAAAUCUAUGAUGAUGUCGUAUCUGAAGAAAUGUUUUUUGAAGGUGGAAUUGGCCUGGAGACCGUGGAGAUUAUUUUUAAAGUACUUGUUACAGAAAAUUCUACACUCGUAGCUAAAAUUGCUGCUUUGAAACUAUUCAAAGCAUGCCUUUUGCAAAUGAGUUCCCAUGAUGGAUAUGAUGAAGAGUCGCGAAAAAUUUUUGUUUCCCAAUGCUUAGCUACUUCUUUACAGAGAUUGGGGCAAUUGCUGACCUUGAAUUUUGAUAACGCAGAUGUUAUUUCCCAGCUGAAAUUUAAAUCUAUAAUAUACGAGAAUUUGGUUCUUAUCAAGAAUGAUUUCUCUAAAAAGUAUUUCUCAAACGAAUUACAGAAACAGUUUAAAAUAGUAGCAAUCCAGGACUUGAAAAGCAUUGCCCAUGUAGACACAAAUGGUGACUCUAUUGAAAGCGUAGACGUUUCAGAAACAGUUCAUGAUUGUUCUAUUUAUAUUGUAGAAUUUUUGACUAGUGUCUGUAUUUUACCGUUUAGUGUUGAAGAGGUAAACAUAAUUAUAGCGUCUUUGACCAUUUUAUGUCAGAUAAAUUCUGAGACCAGAGAGCUAUGGAUAAGCGAUUUCAAUACAUUUGUGUCCAAGGAAACAGGUCUAGCGGCGUCAUAUAAUAUUAGAGAUCAGGUCUAUGAAUUUUUUACUUCAUUACCCAAUCCUCAUCUGUCCUUGAUUUUUAAAGUUGUCUCCAACGAUAUUGAACAUAGCACGUUUAAUUAUCCAACCUUAGAAUCUCUGCUAUAUCUAUUACAAUGCAUUCUGCUCAAUGACGAUGCAAUAACUGGUGAGAAUAUCAAUCAGUCUUUACAAAUCUUAAUAGAAAUGUUGGAAAAUAUUCUGGUAACACAAGAAACGCAAGAAUUAACAUUGGCGCGUGCAAUUCUGGUCAUUCCCAGAGUUCUAGACAAAUUUAUUGAUGUCUUGCCUAAUAUCAAAUCCUUGACAUCUGCGUUCUUAGCAAAAAGUCUAGAUUUGGCGGUAAAAUGUGAUAAAGAGCUCAUAAAAUCUGCAACAUUAAUUGCAUUUACAUAUUAUUGUUAUUUUGCCGAACUGGAUUCAGUACUUGGGUCAGAGGUUUGUACAGAAGCCCAGGGAAAAGUAGUUCGAAUAAUCAACGAGAUUAGUAGUGAUGCCGAAGAAGACACUAAUGGGGCCAUAAUGGAAGUACUAAGUCAAAUCAUUAGCUAUAAUCACAAAGAAUCACAUUCCAAGGAGGAAAUCUUACAAGCGGAAUUUCAUCUUGUUUUCACAAUUUCAUCUAGGGAUCCAGCAAAUGUACAGGUUGUCGUGCAAAGUCAAGAAUGUUUGGAGAAACUAUUGGAUGAUAUUAAUAUGGAUAAUUAUAAAAAUUACAUUGAGUUAUGUCUUCCAUCAUUUAUUAAUGUUCUGGAUGCCAACAAUGCAAACAAUUAUAGAUACUCACCACUGUUAUCGUUGGUCUUGGAAUUCAUUACAGUUUUUUUGAAGAAAAAACCUAACGAUGGAUUUUUACCAGAUGAAAUAAAUAAAUAUCUGUUCGAACCGUUGGUUAAAGUAUUAGCUUACUCUACUGAAGACGAAACCCUGCAGCUAGCCACAGAGGCAUUCAGCUACCUAAUUCUCAACACGGAUACGCAGGCCAUGGAGCCAAGAUUAAUGGAUAUCAUGAAGGUUUUAGAAAGGCUGUUGUCUCUGGAAGUUUCAGACUCUGCUGCUAUGAACGUAGGGCCAUUGGUAGUUACCAUAUUCACAAGAUUUUCAAAAGAAAUUCAACCGUUGAUAGGAAGAAUCUUGGAAGCCGUUGUAGUAAGGUUAAUUAAGGCACAAAACAUUUCUACUCAGCAGAACCUUCUCUCUGUUUUAUGCUUCUUAACGUGUAACGAUCCUAAGCAAACGGUUGAUUUCUUGUCCAGUUUUCAAAUUGAUCAUAACGAUGCUUUGUCAUUGGUGAUGCCAAAAUGGAUAGAAGCCUUUGAAAUCAUCAGAGGCGAAAAAAGAAUCAAAGAGAACAUCGUUGCUUUGAGCAACCUCUUUUUCUUGGAUGAUGCAAGGUUGCACAAAGUGAUGGUCAAUGGUGACUUGAUACCAUACGAAGGCGACUUAAUUAUCACAAGAUCGAUGGCUAAGAAAAUGCCUGAUAGAUACGUGCAAGUUCCACUUUACACCAAGAUUAUCAAAUUGUUUGUUUCUGAAUUGGGCUUUCAAAGUAAACAACCCAAUCCAGAACAAUUGAUCACCAGUGAUAUGCAGCAAGAGGCAGUGAGUACUAAUAAAGAUGACCAAAACGAUGAUUGGGAAGAUGUGGACGAUGUACUCGAUUACGAAAAGCUGAAAGAAUAUAUAGAUGAUGAUGUAGAUGAAGGAGAAGAGGAUGACUCUGACGAUAUAACGGGACUUAUGGACGUGAAGGAAUCCGUUGUUCAGUUGCUGAUAAGAUUUUUUAAAGAAGCUGCAACCAAAAAUGUGAGUGGCUUUCAUCGUAUUUAUGAGACCUUAUCCGACAGUGAACGUAAAGUUCUUUCAGAAGCCCUUUUAUAG